UGACACAUAAAGACAAACUGGAAAGACAAGAAAAACCUGAAAAAAAAGAAAGGCACGCAGCUAUUCACAAAGAGAAACCUGAAAAGCCAGAAAAACAUGAAAAGAAAGCACCAUCUAAAAUAAUUCAAAAAGACAAACCUGAAAGACAUGAAAAAGCUGAAAAGAAACAUCCUCUCAAAGAGGAGAAGAAAGUAAAGAGCACUAAAGUGGAAGCAAAAGUUAAAAAGGAAGUGAAAGAUGGAAAAGGAGAAGCAAAGAUGACUGAGAAGGUCAAGCAGGCAGAGACUAAAACAACAGAAGUUGGGCUAAUAAAGACCAAACCAAAAGUUAAGGAGGAGAAAGCUCUUCAGACUGUAACUAAAGCGGAAAAGAAAGAUCAAUAUGCAUUCUGUCGCUAUGUGAUUGACAUGUUUGCGCAAGGGGAAUUUUAUCCAGGACAUAAGGAAAUGGUACCACCUCGUCUUCUUCUAGAACAUAGUCCAAGAAAGAAACCAGCAGCUAUUGAAGAGAGAAAAGAGGAAAGGAAAAAGACUGAUGUAGAGAGGGCUAUGACUGAAACUAAAAGGAAAG